AUGUCUUCUCAGAUCAAUACUACGCAUUAUCCGGGGAACAUAAUCAAUAACCAGUUCGUCCCUACCGCUAAGACCCGCCAUUCCAUCAACCCUUCUACUGGCGGGGCAUUAUAUGAUGUACCUUAUGUCACCGAGGAAGAUGUCGACAAGGCUGUUGAGCACGCACGCAAUGCCUUCAAGUCCUGGUCCAGAGUUCCUUUUCAGGAGCGUGCAAGGCUCCUUGUAGCGUAUGCGGACGCCAUUGAGGCAGAGCGUGUGCCACUAGAGAAGCUUCUGGUUUUGGAACAAGGCAAGCCUCUUGGACUGGCCCAAAAGGAGUUUGAUAUGAGUCUUCAUUGGUUGCGAACAUUUGCCACUAUGGAGGUCAAAGAUGAAGUCCUUGACGAUAAUGAGGAGAGGACUAUCACCCAGACCUUCCCGCCACUGGGCGUGUGCUGCGGUAUCGUUCCCUGGAACUGGCCUGUGUUGCUUGCACUCGGUAAGGUUGGACCAGCACUCAUCACCGGCAACACCAUGAUUGUGAAACCAUCCCCAUUUACUCCUUACUGCGAUCUGAAGCUCGGCGAAAUCGGCAUGCGCAUCUUUCCACCCGGAGUCCUUCAAGUACUAAGCGGAGGAGAUGACUUGGGACCAAUGCUCACACAGCAUCCUGGCAUCGAUAAAAUCACAUUCACAGGUUCAACUGCAACUGGAAAGCUGGUCAUGCAGAGCUGCGCCAAGACACUGAAACGCCUUACACUUGAGCUGGGUGGCAACGACCCGGCCAUCAUCUGUGAAGACGUUGAUAUUGAUGCCGUCGUUCCCAAGAUCACUACUCUUGCAUUCCUGAACUCGGGUCAGAUUUGCAUGCUCAUCAAGCGGGUAUACAUCCACGAGAGGAUUUAUGAUGCCUUCCGUGAUGCUAUGGUCGCAUUUGCACAGUCAAUCAAGACGGGAGAUGGGUUUGAGCCCGAUGUGCUCGUUGGCCCGAUCCAAAACAGCAUGCAAUAUGAGAAAGUGAAGGACAUGUACUCUGAGAUUGGAAAACGCAGUUGGAAACAGGCUCUGGAGGGCAAGGUGUUCGAGAAUUCAAAUGGUUAUUUCAUCACCCCUGCUAUUAUUGACAACCCUCCCGAAGAUUCCCGCAUUGUUCUAGAGGAGCCUUUUGGGCCCAUUGUGCCCCUUCUCAAGUGGUCCGAGGAGGACGACGUUAUUGCACGUGCCAACAAAGUGAAAGACGGAUUAGGUGCCUCCGUCUGGAGCAAGGAUCUCGAUCGGGCGGAGCGAAUGGGCAGGCAAUUGGCAGCUGGUAGUGUUUGGUUGAACUCGCACUUUGAUGUUGCUCCUAAUGUUCCAUUCGGCGGACACAAAUGCAGUGGUCUCGGCAGUGAAUGGGGUAUGACCGGCUUGAAGUUGUACUGUAAUUCCACCUCACUUUGGAGGUGGAAAAAGAUCAUGUAG